AUGGCGAACGCUACACUGCCGGAUCUCCCUCCUCUCCCAUCUUACACGCUCACCCCGCGCCCUUCCAUGAUCCCUGGCGUCCCGGACAUCGUGUGCCAACUGUUGGCUCCUGUGAUUGCCUACUGGGUGGUUUCUGGGUUCUUCCACAUCCUCGACGUCUUUGAUCUUUGCGCAAAAUACAGAUUACAUACUCCAGCAGAGGUAUUGAAGCGAAAUCACGUCACGAGGUGGGAGGUAUUUCGAGAUGUUGUUCUCCAACAAAUCAUCCAGACUGCUUUUGGACUGGCGGUUGCAUAUUUCGAUCCGGAAGAGACUGUGGGAAGAGAGGAGUACGAUGUCACUCUUUGGGCAUACCGUCUUCGUCACGUACAGCAAUACGUUCCUGGUCUGCUCGCUCUCAUCGGCUUGGACGCCCAAGCACUGGGAAGCAAACUAUACGCCUACCCUCAGCUGGCCGCGAUCUUACGUGGCGGCAUGUACGAACCUCACACUUUCGCAUCCUGGGAAGUUCUUACUGCCAAGUUCAUUUAUUGGAUCGGCAUUCCUGCUGUUCAGUUCACGGUAGCUGUCUUGAUCGUCGACACCUGGCAGUACUUCUUGCACCGGGCCAUGCACAUGAACAAGUUUUUAUAUACAACACUUCAUUCUCGUCACCACCGUCUCUACGUUCCUUAUGCCUACGGUGCUCUAUACAACCACCCGAUUGAGGGAUUCAUGCUGGAUACGUUGGGUACGGGAGUGGCCUAUCUCGUGACGGGCAUGACUAUUCGCCAAGGGAUGUGGUUCUUUACCUGCUCUACCAUCAAGACUGUGGAUGACCACUGUGGUUAUGCAUUUCCAUGGGAUCCCCUCCAGCACGUCACCUCGAACAAUGCUGCUUAUCACGAUGUUCACCAUCAGAGCUGGGGUAUCAAGACCAAUUUCUCCCAACCAUUUUUCACAUUCUGGGACCGUCUCUUGAACACCGCCUGGACUGGUGGCGACGUAUCGGCUCGAUACCAACGUGACAGAAUCGCUGCUCAGAAAAAGGUUGACGCUGAGCUCGCUUCCAAGGCAUCCGUGGUCAACUCGCCAGCGAUCGACAUGGAAAAUGCGAAGCAGCAAGCUCGCAGCAGUCAGAAGCAAGUGCUCGAAAACCAAGACGGUGCAAGAGUUAUCGCCGAAGAAGCAAGGGAAGAGCAGGAGGUCAAACAGUCUCUUAGGCGGAGCACUAGACGAAAGAGUGGCUUUGAUGCCAAGGCCUUUUCUGAUCGAAUGGCGGGCACCUUACACGGCAGGAGCGCGGCUAUCCUCCAUGCAGACUGA